AUGGGUACUUUCCUCAAGUACUUCAUCCUCUUCUUCUGCACCUUCCUCUUCUUCGCCUUCCCCACUUCUUCUUCAUCACCCGACGAUCAAACCCGUUCCUCCUCCUCCUACACCGCCACCACUACCACCCAGUACCAAGUGUUCUACGUCAAGAACACGACGCCGUUUCUCCUCGACCGCCAACAACGCCGAUUAACCAAGAACCACAAGAAACGGGCCCGUAAGAGAAACAAGAAUCCGACCAAGAAGUUCAAGAACAACGGGCCUUUCUCCGUCAUGCUUCCAAAGGGCUUCGUCCCUCCUUCUGGCUCGUCGCCUUGCCACAACGGAAACCCCAACGCCGCCGUCGUCUUCUGCGACCUAGCUAAACCCUAG